AUGCGUGUCACCUGCUUUUUCGUGUCUGUUGCUAUCAUGCUCGCUGCUGAGCAAACCAGUGCUGUCCCGAUCGGGGGUCUUCCCAAGCUCCCUGUCCUCGGUAACGAAGGACGCCUUGUCAGCAGUGUUGCCAACACUUUGGAGCCGGUCCCGCUUGUUGGAGACCUUACCCACAAUGUUCUCCAAGACCAGAGCUCCGGCGACUUGCUUUCCAGCACCAAGCUGGCUGGCGAGGAGGGCUUGAUUCACGAUGACGGUGUCUUGGGUGACCUUACCCGCUCUCUCCAACGCCGAGUCCUCUCGGACACCACACUCAUCGGCGAGGGUGGAUUGAUCGAUCUUGAGGGUACCGUGGGUGAGAUCACCCGCUCGCUCGAGCGCCGCCAAGGGUUGCCCCUCCUGGGCUCGCUCACCAACGGCGUUCAGCACCUUCCUGUGCUCGGUAGUGUCGGCUCCAUGCUCCCUGUCCCUCAAGGCCUCACUUCCAAAGUCGGAAGUUUGAAGAAUGCUCUCCCCGAUGUCAAGAAGGUCGCCAGCCAGACCGGCAACAUGCUGCCAGCCUCACCUUUCAAGGGCAAAUUCCCUUCCAUCAUCAAGCGUGCGAACGCCGUCCCUGUCGUUGGCAACCUUCCAUUGGUUGGUAGUAUUCCUGGUGUUAAGGAGCUUGGCGCCGUCCCCGUUCUCGCCAAACUUCCCUCUCUCGACGCAGUCCCAGGGUACACUGGCCUCGAAGCCCUCAACGCCAUUCCUGGUUUCGCCACCCUUGAGUCUAUCGCGGACGCUGUACCUGAGUCAGGUUUCACCAAGCGCGCCGGAGGUAUCCCCGGCCUCGGCUCCAUCCCCGUUCUCUCCUCCAUGCCUGGUCUCUCCAGCGUCCCCGGCAUCGGAUCCAUCCCGGGCCUUGGCGCCCUUCCAACAUUCGACAGUAUCCCUGGCCUGAACGCCAUCCCGUUCCAAAAUGGCAUCCCGGGCGUCAGUGGCGUUAAAUCUAUCACUUCCGGCUUACCGAUCCCCAACAUCUUCAAGCGAGACACCGAGCUCGGGUCGCUUCCUUUGAUCGGUAGUCUUCCCGGAGCCAGCAGCCUUCCUUCCCUCCCCGGCUUGAGCAGCCUGCCCUCGAUCCCAUCGAUCCCCGGCAUGGGAAGUUUGCCUUCCAUCCCCGGCAUGGGAAGCUUGCCUUCCAUCCCCGCGAUGGGAAGCCUGCCGUCCAUUCCCGGCAUGGCAAGCUUGCCCUCACUUCCCGGUAUGGGAAGUUCGUCUUCAAUCCCCAGCAUCCCCAGCUUGCCCUCAAUCCCCGGCAUGGGUAGCAUGCCCUCGAUCCCCGGCAUGAGCAGCCUGACCUCCCUUCCGAAGAUGGCGUCCUCGAGCAUCCCCAGCCUCCCUUCGAUGCCUUCCCUCCCCGGCAUGGGCGGUCUUCCCGGCAUGAGCAGCCUCGGUGGUCUGUUUUGA